CAGUUGCUUUUUUUAAUCUUCAAAUGUUGCAAUAAAUGGCAGGAAUUCCAUCCAAGUUGGUUAAGGGCAUUUUAGUAGAGUGUCAGUCGGUGGAAACAACUGAAAAUAGAUGGUGACUUUUGGCUUGAUUAGUCGUCAAAUCUCCGCAGGAUUUGUAACGCAGACCUCGACAUGAAACUGGAGAGGAUUUGACGCAGUGUGUGUCCCCCCCGUGUCAUCUGUGGCCUACGUCAUCGUGACGUCGUCGGAGCCUUGGAAGCGCAUUGUGUAACCCAAAAAGACGUUUAUUCCCCGCGAGCAUCACUUGGCGCGGACAGGUCCCGCCGGUUGUCUUCGGCCGCUCCUCGGGAGGCUCCCGCAUCCGAAGCGACAUCGAUGAGCCGCGGCCUUUGAUUGGCGGAGCGGCGGACAGCCUCCCUCCUCGGAGCCGCGUCAGGCCUCCGCGUCCACGCCGCGGCCCCGAGCAGGAAGUGAAGGGACAGGACGGCGGAGGUAGGAUGACAUAGAGGAGAGGCGGGAGAGCAGCGCGCGGAGGACCGAGCCCGUCAGAGCGGAGAGCGAGAACCCAGCCACUUGUCCCCCGGGAUUCACCGCCACAGCCCCCAAGAUGCUCAUCAAGGAAUUCCGAGUGCUUCUUCCCAUUUCUGUGGAGGAGUACCAGGUGGGUCAGCUGUACUCUGUGGCCGAGGCCAGUAAGAAUGAGACCGGCGGCGGCGAAGGAGUGGAGGUGCUGAAGAACGAGCCCUACGAGAAGGAAGGCGAGAAGGGACAGUACACACACAAAAUCUACCAUCUGCAGAGUAAAGUGCCGUCCUUUGUCAGAAUGUUGGCCCCAGCAUCUGCCCUCAACAUCCACGAGAAGGCCUGGAACGCCUACCCUUACUGUCGCACAGUGAUCACUAAUGAGUACAUGAAAGACAACUUCCUGAUCAAGAUCGAGACGUGGCACAAACCCGACAUGGGGCACCUGGAAAAUGUCCACGGUCUGGAUGCAGAGACCUGGAAGAAGGUGGACGUCGUCUACAUUGACAUCGCAGACCGGACCCAGGUGGAGCCGAAGGACUACAAGCCUGAGGAGGACCCCUGCAGAUACAAGUCUGUGAAGACCGGACGAGGUCCCCUGGGUCCAGACUGGAAGAAGGAGCUCCCCAACAAGAAAGACUGCCCCCACAUGUGUGCCUACAAGCUGGUGACCGUCAAGUUCAAGUGGUGGGGCCUGCAGAACAAAGUGGAGAACUUCAUCCAGAAGCAAGAGAAGCGUCUGUUCACCAACUUCCACCGUCAGCUCUUCUGCUGGAUCGAUAAGUGGAUCGAACUGAACAUGGAGGACAUUCGUCGCAUGGAGGAGGAGACGCGCAAGGAGCUGGAUGAGAUGCGAGUCAAGGACCCAGUGAAGGGGAUGGUGGCGAUCGAGGACUGAGCUCCAGUCGGCGCGUGAAUGCUGCUGUUUAUCAGACGGAGCACACCAGCGGAUUCACAUCCUCCCUCAGUUCCAACCACCGGCCGGCUGGUCCCACCCUCCCCUCCAUCCACCUCUUGCUCCGCCCCUUCUCGCCAUACAGUCUGGUUUCCUGGGACCCUGGAAGCCCCACUUGUUUCCACAGUUCCAGGCUGGUCCGAGGCCUCCAGUAGCAGCAGUCCCGGUCACGCCUCCUCUCCCUGUGGAGCUAAACAUCAUGCAUCGCUGGAGUUUGGUUUCUUUCUUCCUGCGCUCUCUCUCCCAGUGCUGUAAAUACACCGAGCACCAGGGUCUGGGUCGGUGUGUUGAGAAUAUAUAUAUAUAAAUAGAUAUAUAUAUAUAUAUAUAUGAAGAGGUUCUUUUGAUAUUCUUGUGUCUGUAAGAUUGUAGACGUCCAUUUUUCCAGAUCAAGCGGCUUCUGCUCGCUGAUCUUUUGUAUUCUCGACUCAUCCAUCGGCUUCAUGCAGUGUUUGUUUCUGAGCAGUUGGAGCGGCAGUUCUGGGCUCUGCUUCUCUCUCCUGCUGAGGGGUUUGGACCUGCUGUGUUCCCUCACUGGUGGCAGCAGCUCCUGGGGGUCUGGCCUCAGCUCUGUGGGAUCUUCUGUCGUGUGUCCUUAUACUCGUGUUAGUGUGUGUGCGUGCGUGUGUGUGUGUAUUUGUGGCAUCUGGUGGCCAUUGGUUGCUUCCCGUGUCUCCUCAUGGUCCACCACCGUUUCGUCUCUCAGGUUGUGUUGGUCAGACGUUCAGGCAACAGUGGGGUUCUGUAGAUGCUGAGCUCAUCUGAUUCCUUCUGGCUCUCAGUGGAGCCAUGAUGAAGCUCUGACUGUUGAAGUGAAUUCAUGGUGUCAACAAACGGUUGUGUCUGAAGGCACCUGGCUGACGUGGGGCUCUUCACUCGACUCUGAAAAGUUGAAGCAACAGUUCCUCCAUGGAACACAGUGGCGGCUUCACUGUUGCCUGUUGAAGCCCACGAAGCCAGGUGAAACCUGAAGACCUGAGGGACGCUGGCUAGGCGAGGGGUGCAGGCCACGUUCUGCUGAAGUUAGGUCUGUGGUGUUGCUGUCUCGUGAGGACUCCAGAGGAAGUUAGAUGGGGGUCCAGGGGUCACAGGACCAAGGUGGGGGGCAUUGAGGCAAGACACCAUCGAAGUUGUGGUUAGUCUCCUCAGCAGUGUGGCACUUCCUCACCAAUCACAACCGACCUCAGAGGAACCAGCUCAGAACCUCCUGAGCUUCUGGCCAACAACCGAAGAGAAACGCUCAGAAAACUCUUGACCCGAACGUAAAGUGGACUCCAGAGAGAACAGCCAUGAGAGUAGAUGUUGUUUCACCUCGUCCAUGAUGACAACCAGAUGAGGCGCUGUCUCUCGCCUCCAGUGGUUGGAUGAUGGCUCUCAUCCAGCAAAAGCAAUAACUACCAUGACACGUUGGCUCCUCCUGUCUGGGCGCUGCGAGCGUCCCAGCCACACGUCUGUCUGGAUGAGGCGCUGCUGUUCGUAGCCUGUGCUGAGCGCUGUGCAGCGGCGCGUCUCCUCAGAACCCUGGCGCCGGCCGCUGAAGGCUGGAGGUCCUUUUGUUUUGGUCUUCGUCCGCUGGGGUCUGUUAUAGGCGCAGGUGACGCUCCAUUUAUCACCUUGACAUUCGACAUACAGCCAUGAAGACUCCGUCAGGUCCCAGAGGAAAUGACUCUUAUCUGUUCUCUGUAAAUAAUGACUGAGACACAUGUCCAUCCACACAGACGUCGAGAUCCGAGGGUCCCGUGUCACACUCUCGUCCUUCCAGCCAAUGAAACAAGGGUCUAUAUUAGAAUCAUGAUGACCAUAGCCUCCUCUUCUGAGCAGAUCAAACGCCGCUCUCUCGGGGUCAGUAGCUGUAGAGUACAUGACGUAGGCUGUAUAGAUCAGCAUUAGCAGGUGGGGUCACGUGGGUGGGUCAGAGUGUGGUGCUGAAUUCAGACGGGCUUUCUUCUUGCAGUACGAUACUUUCACACCGCCGUCGCUGGCGGGGAGCCGUGUUGAAGACAGGGCAGUGUGUAAAUCUCUAUUUUUCUUCUCCAUGUUGUUGUACCUCUGUGGUCGGUCUCUGAACCACACUCCUGUCUCCGUCUCUCUGGGCGUCCAGAGGGACUCGGGAGUGCUGAAGUCAGAGACAAUCUCCCCGUAUAUGUUUGACAGGUGACCUUAUUCACACCCUUGUUUAGCUGGAUCAUUUCACCCUUCCUGUUAACCUGUCCGCUCCUUUUCUCUUCCUUUCUUUUAUUGUGGAUUUGUGCCUUUUUGUCAUCUAAUCUUCCAGUAAAACCACUGUCAAUUGGACAAAAGAAUAAAUUGAAACAAAUGAAGA